AUGCGUAUGUCUGGCGUGCGUCUGACCUUAGUUUCACCGGCUGUCUCCUACAGCAGCAUUGGAAUAGUUUUGGGUAUAUGCCUGGCCAUCCUGCUCAUUGCCGUGAUCAUCAUCACUGCCAUGGUGAUUCUGCGAAGACGUCAAAAGUACGCCAACAAUGCCAUCAACACGCGAGUCUCCGCCGGUACCAACGGAUCCAAAGCGCCCUCCUCCAGACCUCCCCACAAGUGA